UAUUGAUAACGCUACGACAGACCUACAGAAAUAUAUCUCAGUUACAAUAAAAUGAAUCUGACGACGUAAUUAUUUGCUACUAGUUUGUUGUAAGCACUUCGCUGUGCAGCACUUCGGUCAAGAUGAUCGGAGUAAUUGUUCUUAUUAUAUUAUUAGGUGUCGCAGCUGUGAAUCUCUACAAAAAUGCUUAUAAAAAACCAACUAAUUUCCCGCCAGGGCCGCCCAGCCUGCCGGUAUACGGCGCGUACUGGUUGGUUUUAGCAAAGGCAUACAACAAUUUGGCCGCCGCGUGCAUUAAAUAUUCCAAUGAGUACAAGUCUAAGGUGAUCGGAAUGUUGCUUGGAGCGUUCCCGGUGGUUGUCGUCAACGAUCCUUAUUUACUCAAAGAAGUACUUAAUCGCGAGGAAUUCGAUGGACGAACUGACAUCAUACUUGGCAGACUGAGAUCUUAUUGGAAAAAGCUUGGCAUAUUCUUCACGGAUGGCUACUUCUGGCACGUACAGAGAAGGUUUACGCUCCGUUAUAUGAGGGACUAUGGUUUUGGCAGACGUGACGAAUCCUUGGAAUCAACUGUCGCGCAUGAGGUCAAGGAAAUGAUUGAUAUGGCUACCAACGGACCAAAGUAUCCAGCUGAACAUGACUUGGUGAAAGGCGACCAGAUAUAUCUGCCUCAUUUCUUCGCGGUACCGUUCAUGAAUGGUUUAAUACACGUGUUCACACGUGCUUGUGUGCCGAGGCAGGAUUAUCAUAUGUUGUGGACGACGGCCCGAGGUGCACUUAGAUUCCAAAGGAGUUCCAAUGACUUUGGCGCGGCCCUAAGUUUUACGCCAUGGCUAAAGGAUUUCUUACCAGGAUACAGCGGUUACAAGGGUCUUAAAGAGGGAAAUCAGUGCAUUUUGGAUUUAUUUACGAAAAUAAUAAAAGAGGCCUUAGAAACUCACGACAGUACAUUUAACCGUCACUUUCUAGAUGUGUACAUUAGCAAAAUGAAGGAGGAAAUGAUAGAGAAGAAGAGAACAACAUACUCUGUUGAUCAACUAGUGUUGGUAUGCACGGAUUACAUGUUUCCAACGGCAUCAGCUCUGCAAUCAGUCCUCACUAUACUUGUUGAACGUCUGCUACUGCAGCCUGAAGUACAAGACAAAAUACACGAGGAGAUAGAUCGAGUUGUCGGCCGUGACAGGCUUCCUACGAUAGAUGACAGGAGCAAUAUGCCGUACACUGAGGCGUGUUUGAGAGAGAUAAUGAGAAUCGAGACGCUGGUGCCUCUCGGCGUACCGCACCGCGCCAUGGUCGACACCAAGCUGGACGGAUAUGACGUGCCUGAGGGCGCAAUGGUCAGUCUCAACUUCGUGACACUGCACAUGGACAAGGAAAUAUGGGGUGAUCCUGAAAACUUCCGGCCCGAGAGGUUCAUUGUCAACGGCCGCUUGCAGCUAAGUCAGGACAAGUCAUUGCCUUUCGGUGCAGGUCGUCGACUCUGUGCAGGUGAGACGUACGCCCGGCAAUCGUUGUUCCAGGUGUUCGCAGCUUUCAUGCAGGCUUUCCACGUGUCUACGGCCGAUGGCAAACCUUAUAAACAGUUGGCUCCAAGAAUACAAGGAAUCAUAACAACCAUCCCUAAUUAUUGGGUACGCGUAACACCCAGGAAAUAAUUAAGGAUAUUCAUAAUACAAAGUGGAAGUCUUCAUUUGAGUAAUAUAUUAUAAAGAUUAUAUUAUAAACGGUUAUAUAAAAUAGUAUUUAAACAGCCGAAUAUUGAAACGAAUGAUCGUGAGUUUCUGAGAUAUUUUUAUCUCUAUUUUUCCAAAAGAUAAUGACAGGGAUGACGAAAUGUUUUAUAUAGAGAUUUUGGUUUCGAAAACGUUCAAACGGUGAUUAAUUUGUUCACUAGAAAUAGGUAAGUUACUAAGUAUAUUUUAGGUUGUAUUGUAGCUGUUUUUAAAGAGUUAAAUUCUAAUUUUAUUUUAUAUCUUCCGCAUUGUAAUUAAUAAUACUAUGAUUCAUUAUAUGUAUACCUAUAGAUGUAGAGUUUAUAUAUGUGUAACGUUUUAUCAUAUA